AUGAACAACAGCGUAUUCGGAAAAACAAUGGAAGAUGUAAGGAAACGUGUUAACAUUAAGUUGAUCACAGAGCCAGCUAUGUUUAAAAAACAUACAGCAAAAGUCACCUACAAAAGAAGUGUUCUCUUCGUGAAUGAUGCAGGAGUACUUUGUUGGAUUGGAAGCAAAACGUACCUCUGUAAAGCUAGACAAGCCUAUCUACACUGGCUUCACAGUCUUAGAGCUAAGUAAACUUCACAUGUACGAUUUUCAUUAUAAUCACAUAAUGAAAAAGUACGGGCCUGAGAAAGCGAAGCUCUUAUUCACCAACACAGACAGUCUCACCUAUCACAUCACCGCCGAAGACCUGUAUCAAGACAUCAAACAGGAUCAGCACUUAUAUGACACCAGCAAUUAUCCGAAAGAACAUUUUCUAUACAGCACAACAAACAAAAAGAUCAUUGGAAAGUUUAAAGACGAGACGGGUGGACUCCCUAUUGUUGAGUGGAUUGGCCUCCGGGCUAAAAUGUAUUCCAUAAAGCUUGAGGAUGGGAAAGAGAAAAAAAACAGGCAAAGGGAUCAAGAAAAGUGUCUUAAAGAAAGAAGUGAGACAUCAAGAUUUCAAAGAUUGUUUGAUGGAGAAAAGAGAAUUUCAACAUUCUAUGGUGAAUUUUCGCAGUCAUCAGCAUCAACUACACACCAUCAAGCAGACCAAAAAAUCACUCAGUCCAUUCGAUGA